AUGGCUAUCUCACAGCCUCCGGACGAGGAGGGGCUUCUCCAGAGCUCUGUAUCUCACAAUGGGUCCGUUCCCGAAUCCUCCGAGAAACUACCUCCUUCGCGAGAACCAAAGUCUUCCCCCGUGACUUGGAUGGAUCUUCCAAAUAAAUCGCAACUCUUCAUACUCUCAUUAUGUCGGCUCUCCGAACCCCUUUCGAAUACAUGCCUCCUCCCAUAUAUCUACUUCCUCAUCAAAUCCAUAAUUGAUUCCGAUGAUGAUUCUGCACCGCAAAAGAUAUCGCGUCUUUCAGGGCUGCUGGUUGCUGCUUUUCCGCUCGCGCAAUUUGCGACCAGUAUGCUCUGGGGCCGGGCAUCGGAUUUCUAUGGCAGAAAACCAACCAUCGUAAUCGGACUGUUGGUAAGCGUGAUCGCAAAUGCCGCAUUUGGAUUCUCGAGAAAUAUUGGGGCUUUGAUGUUCUGGAGGAUACUGGCAGGUAUUGCGAAUGGAAACGUGGGUGUGAUGAGAACGAUGACUGCAGAAAUCGUCAAAGAGAGAAAAUACCAAACAAGAGCAUUCUUGAUCUUGCCACUGGUGUUCAAUUCCGGGAUGGUGGCCGGACUAGCUUUGGGAGGCUGUUUGGCGGAUCCGGUGGUCAAUCUGCCUUGGUUAUUUGGACCAGAGGGCAUAUUUAACGUCAGUGACAAUGAUGGGGGCGUGGCGUGGGCAUUGAAAUACCCAUAUGCUCUCCCAGCCUUAUCAAAUGCGUUCACUCUCAUGGGAAGUCUUAUAUUGGCAGUUUUCUGGAUGCGAGAAACAUUACCUGGAAUGGAGGACGACAAAGACCUUGGGAUCAAGAUUGGCGAAUUGGUCAACCGAUACAUACGGCGAAUCGUCUUCCGGCAGCGCUCUAGUGGGUAUACGGCGGUCACACUGGAAGAUUUUCCAAGCUCGGAAGAAUUUCCAGAAGUUAUAGUCACGAAACCGCCCCCUUCUCGUCCCCAACCUCCUCGACCUGCUUUCCGUAGCAUCUGGACUCGCGAUGUCCUCGUCACUAUAGUGUCCUUUGGGCUCCUACCCCUCCACAACUCAGCAUUCAUGCAUAUCUUCCCAGUCUUUCUCUCCACUCCAUUCUCACCCAACAAGGACUGGUCGGUCGUCUCUUUCACUGGCGGUCUAGGCUUACAAUCCCCUUCCGUAGGUCUCUGGCUCUCCUGCUUCGGAAUCUGUGGAAUCUUCCUCCAACUUUUCAUCUACCCACGGGUGCAAGCCCGCCUCGGAACGCUAGGCUGCUUUCGCAUAUCCCUAUUCAUCUUUCCCCUUGCAUACCUUUUCGCACCAUACCUGUCGUUGCUUCCCCAAGAUGGAAUUGCGCGCUGGGGCGGCAUUGCCGUUAUUCUAUGCGCGCAGGUCAUGGCUCGCACGAUUGCCAUCCCUAGCACCGUGAUAUUACUCACCAAUUCGGCGCCGUCUAAAACGGUGCUAGGCACAGUGCAUGGUGCAGGGAAUAUGCUGAGCAGUCUUGCGCGAGCAGUAGGUUCUGCUGCUGGUGGCUGGGUGUUUGCUUGGGGAAUGGAAAGAGGGAUGGUAGGCGCGGUCUGGUGGUGUUACCUGUUAUUUGUCGCUGUGAUUGCGCUGGCUUGGUCAUAUACUAUGCGUGAUGGGGUGGGAGAAGCUCCCAAUAGCAGAGAGGAUAUGAUAGCUGUUAAAGAGGAGGUUGAUCUUGAAACUCCGCCGCGAGAUCCUGUUUUACGUAGAGAGUCAUAA